CCCCCCCGCUCCCCUCACUCGCAGCCGGCGGUGCGGCGGGUAAGGCAGCGCCCGGGGCAUCGCCGUGAUGAAGGCGGGCGUGAUUCACUGUAGGUGUUCCAGGUGUUUUUCUUUCCCUUCCAAGCGAAGGAUAAGAAAACGGCCCCGGGUCCUGACAUUGUUAAGUCUGCCUGAGGAUGUUCUGUUCCAUGUUCUGAAAGGCCUUCCUGCUGAGGACAUCCUCUCUGUCAGAGCUGUGCACUCACACCUUAAAUACCUUGUGGAUAAUCACGCUAGUGUUUGGGCCUGUGCAAGUUUCCAAGAAAUAUGGCCUUCUCCAAGCAAUCUGAAGAUGUUUGAAAGGGCUGCUGAAAGGGGAAAUUUUGAAGCUGCUGUGAAGCUGGGGAUAGCCUACCUGUACAAUGAAGGCUUGUCCAUCUCUGAUGAGGGUCGUGCAGAAGUGAAUGGUCUGAAGGCAUCACAUUUCUUUAGCCUGGCAGAACGUUUGAAUGUGUGUGCUGCCCCAUUUAUUUGGCUUUUUAUCCGUCCUCCCUGGUCCCUGAGUGGAAGCUGUUGUAAAGCUGUGGUCUACGAGAGUCUCAAAGCAGAGUGCCAGCUGGAGAAAGCUCAGAAAGGAUCUAUUCUCCACUGCUUGGCUAAAGUCUUGAGUCUCUUUGAGGAUGAAGAAAGAAGAAAAGAAUCCCUUGAAAUGUUUGAAGAAUCUUCAAAGCAGGGUUGUUUAAACAGCUCCUACCUCCUGUGGGAAAGUAACAGAAAGGCUGCUAUGUCAGAUCCUGGCAGAUACCUCCAAAGUCUCAGGAAGCUACGGGACUAUGCAGCAAAGGGUUGCUGGGAAGCACAGAUAGCUUUAGCCAAAGCUUGUGGAAGUGGAAACCAACUGGGAUUGGAAGCAAAAUCUUCCAGUGAAGUGGUGUCUCAAAUCUUUCAAGCUUCCCUCCCUGUCAGCAAGCAAAGUAUCUUCACUGUGCAGAAAGGAAUGAAUGAAACAAUGAGGUACAUCCUGAUUGACUGGCUGGUAGAAGUGGCCACCAUGAAGGACUUUUCCAGCCUGUGCCUUCACAUGACAGUGGGCUGUGUGGAUCGGUACUUGAAGCUGAGAUCUGUGCCCCGGGCUCGCCUCCAGCUUCUGGGAAUAGCCUGCAUGGUCAUUUGCACCCGUUUCAUCAGCAAAGAGAUCUUGACAAUACGGGAAGCUGUGUGGUUAACAGACAACACCUACAAAUAUGAGGAUUUGGUCAGAAUGAUGGGUGAGAUAAUUUCUGCCCUAGAAGGAAAGAUAAGGAUACCUACCAUUGUGGACUACAAAGAAGUAUUGUCAAAUGUAGCCUCACUGGAGAGAAGAACUCUUCACCUUUACAGCUUCAUUUGUGAGCUGUCACUCCUCAACACCAGCCUCUGUGUGUAUUCCCCAGCUCAGCUGGCUGCUGCAGCACUGCUGCUGGCAAAGAUCCUGCAUAGGCAAGCACACCCCUGGACCAGCCAGCUCUUCGAGUGCACUGGUUUCUCUCUUGAAGACCUCUUGCCUUGUGUGCUGAGCCUCCACCAGAAGUGUUUCCAUGAUGAUGUCCCUAAGGAUUACAGGCAGGUGUCCUUAACUGCAGUGAAGCAACGAUUUGAAGAUGAGCGUUAUGAAGAAAUAGGAAAAGAAAAGAUGAUGAGUUACAGCCAGCUCUGUUCAUUGUUGGGUGUGAAACAAGAGGACCCAGAGCCCAGCCCCUUGCACACAAAUGUGGUGGAAAUUCAGACAUUCCUUAGCUCCCCCUCUGGAAAGAGAACUAAAAGGAGGAGGGAAGACAGCAUUCAGGAUGACAGAGGAAGCUUUGUGACUACACCCACAGCAGAGCUAUCCAACCAGGAAGAAAGUCUUCUAGACAACUUCCUAGACUGGAGUUUAGAUUCCUGCUCUGGUUAUGAAGGUGAUCAGGAAAGUGAAGGCGAGAGAGAUGGAGAUGUGACGGGUCCCAGUGGGAUCUUGGAUGUGACAGUGGUCUAUAUGGACCCUGCUGACCACUGCUGCCAGGACUCCAGUGAUGAAGACAACCCAGGUGGGGAGUGGGCCGGGCAGGCGGCACCGCUGCCUCCUGACACCUCCAGCCUUUCAGCCUCUCUCACCCCAAGAAAUCCUAACCUGGAAAGGAGCUCAGGCUACUCAUCCGUCAACAGUGCCAGCCCUACAUCUUCUGCAGAAGGUGGCCCUGGAGUACCUCUCAAACCUACCUCAGCACUGUCUCUGGGCAGUGCCAUGAACAAGGAGCCGUGUCGGCCUCACUACCUGGAAUCGUGUUUACAGCCGGGCUCUGCUCGGCCUGGGCAGGGCAAGAGUGACAGAAGGCAAGUCAAGAGGAAAAACGUGGCAGAACACAGUGAAGAAAGGGUCAACUUGGGCUUCUUAAGCCUCUGAUUUCUUCAGGCUUUCCCUAGGGUUCUGGGAAACAGUAUUCCUGUUGUAGUCCUACAGGGAUGAUAGUGAGUAAUUGUCAAUACCUCCAAAACGAGCCCUCUCCCUCAUCCUGGCCUAUGCCUCUUGUAAUUCUGUAGCUCACUUUUGAGCCAUUUCCUUCCUUGAUAGCUGCCUUUCUAAACUCUUCCCUACUGUCUGAUCCUCUGCCAGUUAAGAUUCUUCUCCCCUUUUGAAAUUUUAUAGCUCAUGCAUCACCAGGUGGUCUUUGGUGAUAGAAAAGAACUUGUCAUGUCCCUUGCUCUGCUGUGAGGCCUGGCACUGUAAAAGAUAGGAACUGACUUUUGUUCUCAAGUUACAGAAUGUAACACUAUGCUUGAAUUUGUCCACUUGAAAGACAUUUCUGAAGUCUGUGCUGCCUUUUCCUUCUGGCCAGGUACUGUCUCACUCAGCUGGUGCUUCCCUCUUUUUACGUAUAUACCAUUUGCUGCACUGAUAACAAGGUUUUUUUAUUGAUACAAUCAAGAGGUAAAUGAAGGCUCACUACAGGUCUGAGCUUUUUUUACCUACCUCUCAGAUGGUUUUUAAACCCCAUUUGCCUCAGGCUCAAGCUGCCAUCUUCCCCUCUCCUGAAAAAUCCUCCUUCUGUGCCUUAAUGCUUCACUGCCAAGUGCUAUAGGAAUGUGAUCCCUGUGAACUGUGUGUCUCUGCUGGAACUCUGUGGCUGAGCUGCCACCUCCAGCCCCUGGCUUCAUUUCCUUUCCUGUCUCUUGCAGUCUUCCUUGCUAUUUCCAUUAAUUUGUCCUCAAGGAAAGCACCAAUCACUUGAACACUAGAAACAGGAGGUGAGGACAGUCUGUCCUACUGACAGCCCCAAUUUCAGCCUCCCUGCUGGCUCCUCUCUAAGGGCAGCACAUGCUCUUUGUAUCAAAAAUGAAACUCGUGCUGCUUCAGUAACAAUUUGAAGAAAACACCUCCUCUGACCUCAGUCUGGGUUAAAGCUCCUCCAGCCUGUGAACAUUGGGAACCCAGCCCUCUUCUUUACAGACAGGUAAUAGAAAUACCAAGGUACAAGACUUCCAGGAGACAUCGUGGAACUUAACACUGGAACUGGACUCCAUGACUCUUCCUUUCUUUAGAAAGUUACUGUGGCAGAUGACAACAGUUCAGAUACACACAGUGUAGUGACUUUUUUUAUAAAACUUUUUAUAAUAUAGAUGGCUCCCUGUCUUACUUCUAUGACUGGUGUCUCACCCACCUCUUUCACUCAC